AUGGCCAAAUGGUUUAAGGAUUACCUCAGUUUUGGGAGCAGGAGGUCUCCCCCACAGCCCCCCAAGCCCGAUUACACCGAGAGCGACAUCCUAAAGGCCUAUCGUGCCCAGAAGAGCUUAGACUUCGAGGAUCCGUACGAAGACGGGGACGGCAAAACUGAUCCGGACAUCGGAGGCACGCCAAAUAAAGGGUGCGGCGGCUGCGGCGGCAAUUUGGAAGGGAAAUACGGGUCGCCCAAACACCGGCUUAUCAAAGUGGAUGCCUCCGAUCUUAACCGGAGCAAGGCCCUCCUUGCCACGGCGGGCGAGGACUCGGCCGUCCCAUCAGAUCAGGCCCCUGGAGAGAGCGAAUACUCAGAUCCCUUCGACGCUCACCGGGAACCGAAAGGAGACACCGAAGAGGACGCCGGAUUGGAGAACAACGGUUACAUGGAGCCCUACAAUGCCCAGAGGGUGGUGGCUGACCUCCAGCGCAAAAGUGAACGGGACGAACAGCGGGUGAAGAAAUCCCGGAUCGGCCUGCAGCUUUAUGACACCCCUUACGAGGAGAAGGAGGCCGAGACAGACCCUGAGGCCGGGCCCACGGAGAAGCCCCCCAAGAGCCGGCUGCCCCAGGAGGAUGAGCGGCCGGCCGAUGAAUACGACCAGCCCUGGGAGUGGAAGAAGAACCACAUUUCACGCGCUUUUGCUGUAGACAUACAGGAGAAUAAAGUAUUGCCCUGGCCACCGCCGGUAGGACAACUUACGGGGACAGAAGAACCCCUAGAUCCAGAAGCGCAGUUCGAAGCCCCCGAGUGGGACCGGACCUCUCCCUCCUCCUCCUCUUCCUCCUCCUCAGCCCCAAAAGAGCACUGGCCGCAUCCGCCGAAGCACCUGAAGUUUGGCCGGCCGCAGAGCCCCGAGUCCAGCGUUCCCCUGGCUGAGUGCAUCGAUCCGUUGCUGCCCCUGGAGAGUCAGGCGUGGUUUCAUGGCCCCAUCAGCCGAGCUGAAGCCGAGACACUCCUGACGUUGUGCAGGGAAGGCAGCUACCUGGUUCGGAGCAGCGAGGCCAGCCGCGGUGAAUAUUCCCUCUCACUCAGGAGCAGCCAAAGUUUUAUGCACAUGAAGUUCACCCGAACGAAGGACAACAGGUACAUCUUGGGCCAAAACAGCGCUCCUUUCGAGAGCAUCCCAGAGGUCAUCCAUCACUACACCACUCGAGAACUGCCCGUCAAAGGGGCCGAGCACUUUUCCUUGCUGUACCCCGUGGCAGUUCAGACUGCGUAA